AUGGAAUUACUGAAGGAUUAUGCUCACAGCGACGAGGACAUGUCAGACGAUGAUGCUGCAAAGCCUGUCUCGAUUGAAAACUGCAAGUCACUGGCACUUCCUUCUUUAACUGUGGCUCCAGAAGUUAACACCAAAAGUAUAGUGAAACAAAUUGCAAUCGUUGAUCCAAGAACAAAGGAACUGAUGACAAACCCAACAUACGAGCAGCUCUUUCAGCCUGAGGCCAGUGAAGUUCCAUUCAUUUGUAAUAAGAAGUAUUCUUUUAAUCUAAAUGUACUUGCUUAA